AUUAUUAUAUCUUAACUAAUAUAUAUAAAAGUUUUAACAGCUAUCACAUCUGCAUUCCAGGGCGGUCCCUGUAUUCUGCCUGGGGCUCUUGAGAAAACCCGCCAAAUUGCUCAAGGUUACGGAAUUGGGACCAGCAGAAUCAGUGGACGGCUGGAAUGGAUGGUGAUUCUGUUCAAGAUAAAACUAUUUCUUUUGACGAUGUCAGUCCUGAGAACCCAGAGAUGAAGAAUGCUGAAUUACUUGAAGGGAUCUCAUCUGAUGGGGAGGCGAUACAAGAACUAGGAAGUGCUGGGGAGGCUGUAUUAAAAGUUGAAUUAGAUGUCGCAUGUUCUUCGGAGAAAUUGGUUAAUUUGAAUCUACUUAUGAUGCAUGUGGCAGCAAGAGAAAGUGAUAUUGAAGCCUUAGCAUCUGAGCAAGAACAUGGAUUGUUUGAUUCCACUGAGAAGGCAUUUGAGCUUGAUCUUUUAUCUGGAAUUUUAGAUUCAGAGGUGAGAGAACUGGAGUACUUCAUGGCUGAUAUCCAGACAGAAAUUGUCAAUGCCCGCAACACAAUAUCUUCAUGUCAACUCCUGGGAGACUCUUUCGCUGAAAUGGAGGAAAAAUUACAUGAUUCUGAAGAAUCAUUGAAGCAGUCACAAGAGCAGGUCUCAGAAAUGAGAUUGCAAUCAGAUGAGUUCCAGAAGACCUUAGGCUAUGGCAGAGAAGAAAACUGGAAUAAUGACAAGGAUGUGGAAGUUUCACAAAAUGGACAGUCCUCAAAUGUCUAUGCGAGGAUAAAAAUUCAAACUGCAGAACAACAAAGACGUUUUUUGAAGAUGCUGGAGAAAUCUUUGGCGAGAGAGUUGGACCUUGAAAAGAAGUUAACAGAAUCGAGACUAAUUGAAGAAGAACUGAAACUAAGGCUACAGUCUUCAGAGCAAGAAGUAUUUUGCAUGGAAGAGGAAGCCGUAGUUGUUUGGGAAAGGGUGUUUGAGGCUGAUAAUACUGCUGAGGUCCUGAUGGGAAUUUCAAAAGACCUAAUUGGUCAACUCCAGAUAUUUCAAUUUAAUUUGAAUGGUUCUGCUCAGCGAGAAGGGGAGUUCAAAAUGCGGCUUCAAGAUUGCACGGAACAAUUGAAAGUCAAAGAAAGUGCUUUGCAGAAUCUAGAAAGCAGUAGUCAAGAGCUUCAUGACUUGCUCUCAGAACAGACAAACAGUCUUAAAGCAAGUUUGAGGGAAGCUGAAGACAAAUUGCUUUCAGAUUCUGAGGCUCUCACUUUGAAAGAGAAGGUAAGUUCACCUGAGAAGCAACAGAAAGAAUCCGAGUUUCAGUUUCUGGGUCGAAAGGCUUCUUUAGAUGGAUGCUCGGAGCAGCAUAAUGUUUUAUAUUCUGAUCUUAGAGAAUUGAAAAAGGUUGUUGGGGAUCUGAAAAAAAAGUUUUCUGAAGCCGAAAGUAGGGCUAAGAGUGCAGAAGCCAGGUGUGAAUUGUUAACAGAGACUAAUAUACAACUUAAUAGGGAGCUGGGUCUUCUUAAAGAAAGCGGUGGUGCCUCUGAGAAGGUGGAUUUACUUGAGAGGCAGUUGAGGGUAUCUGAUAUUCAGCUGCAGCAGGCAGUGGCGUCUGCUGAAGCAAGUGAGGAGAAGCAAAGCAUGUUGUAUUCUACAAUUGAGGAUAUGGAAAUUUUAAUUGAGGAUCUGAAGUCAAAGGUUUCAAAAGCUGAAACUCGGGCUGAGAGUACUGAAGAGAAGUGUAUUAUCUUGUCUGAAUCUAAUGCAGACCUAAAUGAGGAACUGAGCUUUCUGAGGAGUAGAAUGGAAUCUUUGCAGAUAUCUCUGCAUCAAGCAGAGAAAACAAAAGUGGCAACUGCAAAGUGCAUCAAUCUUCGAACCAAAGUAAUAACAGAUUUAGUCAUGCAGCUGGCAGUUGAAAGAGAGCGUCUUCAUAAGCAGAUGUCUUCCUUAGUGAAGGAGAAUGAUGCUUUGGUAGAGAAGUUACAAGAAGUGAACAGGGAUCCUUCCAUGGUAAAAAGUCAGGGUCGUGGAGGAAAUGGUGGAGAGUUUUUGUAUCCUGAGCAUGAUUUUACCACUAAUUAUCCAAAAGAAAGCAAAGAAGUAAAAGAAUUCUUGGCUACCAAUGUUGAGACAGACCAGGUGCAAAAUGCAUCUGUGGUUGAGACUCAGGUCAGGUCUGCAGAUUCCACAUUCAAGCUCAGUACUGUUAGAACGAUACAUGCAGGGCUGCUUGACUUCAAGCAUGUUUCUAUGGCAGUUCUCAUCUUACUGAUUUCUGUGGCAUUUUAUUUGUUUCAACAAGCAAACAGCCCAUUUUGAUGCUUUUGGUGAAAAGUUUUUAUCAGUCUCACCUGACCAAGGGGAAAUUCUCAUCAACUGUCCAUUUUGGAGAGCCUAAUGUGGCUCUUGUAUGCCCCACUUGCUGAUGAUCUGCAAGCUUUUUAAGAAGUCUUAGUUUACACGCAUUACAUUCUGCAGAAGGAGACGGCCUCUUGCAUGUUUAGAAGACAAUUGGGUACGCAGAAUACCUAUUUACAGAGACGGCAGGCAGCUUUACUGGAGAUUGUUGGUCUGUCUUGUACCAGUUGCAGCUUAGGGGUGCAAUUGCUGUUAGAUCAAAAAGUGAAAGUUUCAUUUAGAUAAUUCUUCUCGUCAUCCUAAUGCUGACAGAAAUAUAUUUUGACAGCAGGUUUCUGGUGUUUCCAGACCUAAUGGUAAGGGGAAAGUUCCUUAAUGUUGGCUCUGCGUACUUUUCAUGCUGAAAUACUCUGAUCAAGUGUUGUAGUACUUAAUGUUUGAAGGGGUGAAGUUACUGUAGUGGGAGAAAAGCACUCAGUUUUGUUGGCCUCUAGCAAUGCUGAGCAAUGAAAACCUUUGGCUCAUUCCACCACGACGUAGAUUCUUAUUUUGUUGUUGUUUCUUUUUGCUUGUAUUUCUAUGGCAUUUGCAACUGGUUCUGAGGGCAUGGUGUUUUGAGGGAAAUUUGUGGAGAUGGAGAGGGGACUUGUGUCAUCUGCCCUCCGUUUGGAUCUUCCUAGUGUCGUUGCAUGCUUAUAUUCCAGGCAGACUGAACAUCGCGCAAGUUCUCAACCAUGCUAUUUAUGCAUCUUAUAUUUUAUUAUCGCACAUAUUUUGGCAAAA